AUGGCCGACCGAGGAUAUUCCACCCUGACCAAGCUCGGCUUGGGCGCCCUGACCUUCAACUCGGCGCUCGCCAUCUACAACUCCUGGGGUGACGCCGGCUCCGUGGCGUUCGUGCUCGGCGCGGACGCAGCGCUCGUGCUGCUCUUCCUCUGCCUCCGUGAGUUUGAGCGGGGCGGCGGCCGGGGCAGGGAUGCCAAGGUGAAAGCCGCGGUGUCAGUCGAUGUCAGUCUGCGUUUUUCCUCUUCCUCUUCCUCUGGUUCGAUGUUCGCCUCGAGGGUAGCACCGCUCAUGCCGCCGGCCGUGGCCGCGGUGGUCUGGCUCUUGGCCGUCGCCACGGCCGCAGGAGGGUUCUGGGCGUUUUUCCUUAAUUAA